GUAUUUUUCUCUCUCUCUCUUUUUUUUCUCUUAUAGAUAGAGCAAAAGGUUUUCAAAUCACGACAGCCACUGCCCGACCCACAGCAACCUCAUAUCACCACUACCACUACCACCACCACGCCAGCAACCUUCGUUCUCCUCUUCUUCUUCUUCGUCUUCGUCUUACAUUUGGAGAAAGCAUUCAAACAUGGCGGCACACUGAUGGAGGCGCAAAGAAGGGUCGCUAUUCUCUGUGCCCAUCUUCGCCCGACUUCUCACUGCCCGUUCGUGCUUGUCUCAACUUUCAAUUGUGUUGCUGGUGCCAACAAUAGGGGCCGUCUAUUGUUUGGCUCCGAGAAGCAGAGUCGAGUGAGCGAUUGUGUUUUUUGCGAUAUUGUUCAAGGGGAGUCUCCCGCUUUGAAGCUGUAUGAAGAUGAUACAUGCAUCUGUAUUUUGGAUACAAAUCCGCUGAGUCAUGGGCACUCUCUUAUUAUCCCAAAAUCUCAUUUUUCUACUUUGGAAGCAACUCCUGCACCUGUCGUAGCUGCAAUGUGCUCAAAAAUACCCUUUAUUAGCAAUGCAAUUAUGAAAGCUACUGGUUGUGACUCAUUCAACUUGUUGGUUAACAAUGGGGCUGCAGCAGGCCAAGUUAUAUUCCACGCUCACAUCCAUAUAAUUCCUCGAAAGGCAAGUGACUGCCUGUGGGAUUCCGAGAGUUUGAGGCGGAUUCCCCUAAAGUUGGGCCAAGAAGCUUCUCAACUUGUAGACCGUGUCCAAGAAAUGCUGACAUUGUCAGACCACUCAGAAGACGGCAGUGGCCAAGGAUCUGGUCUCCAUGGGAGCUAGUGAAAUCAAUGAAUCUGUUGAUUCUCUGUUGUAGAGUUCAUUUUUGCGAGUGGUUUGCAUGACUGGAUAAUUUAGAAAAGAUUUGCUUUCUGGCUGUUGGAUUUCUUUUUGAUUGGGGUUUCUAGUGUUUUGGUUCAUUCUUUGAAAUAAUUCUCUUUUUAUUUGCGCACAAAGUGGGAGUGCUCCUUCUCAGCUUGGUACUAAUAGUCAAGCCAAGAUAUUGUUAAAUUAUAUAAUUUCGUUUUCU